AAUUACCUAGUUUAAAAUGCAAGUAAGUUUAGCGGUUACGUUUUUCGCUCUUGUGAAUGGAGCGGCCUUGAACGGACGUGACGCAAGCAUGGCGUCCGUAGACUACGCAAAGGUCCAGAUCCUAGAGAAAGCUCUUCAUAAGCCGCCUUUGGAAGAAAUUGUCGACGUACUGUCGCGCGCUCUUAAGUCCAACUUCGAGUCGGUGGCCGUGUCGGCGGAGGUCAGCCCCGACCUUACACAGGAGCCGUACGGCCUCACCUCGCCAGGACUAUGCGGUAAUGAGAAGCUGAUAGAGCUCGGCGGGCCCCCAUACCUCGUUCCUCUGGUGCAGCGCGAUAAGAUCUACGACCUAGUUGAACUGGCCAAACAGCAGCGCCGGGACCCGGCCUUCCUAGCCGGUGCUGGCGCGGGACCGUGGCCCUACAUCGGGGUUAAUUGUGAGGGUAUAAUCAACCUGUCCGUCCGCAACGGCUCCGUAGAUCAAGGCACGAGGGUAGUUUCCGUUCACCCUGUGGGGGCAGCCAAGGGCAGCAGCGGCUACCAGCAGCGGAGGCUCCCCAAUAGUGAAACCAGAACUGCACUCCUGGGCAACUACCUCCUAUCAGAUGGAAGCCCCGGCAAGGUCAUAAAAGUUGUGGCUAAGAAACGUAUUGGGCAGGCCAACUUCAUCACCGCAAUCCGUGAGGCUCUUAAGCAGCGCUACGGGGACCAAGUCGUUGGUCUUGGCGGCGUGUUCGUAUUGCGCGCUGGCAAGGUGAAGCACCACGUGAUGCCAGAUUUCUCCAAGAGUCCCCUAUGUUCCGACUCUGACGUGGACAACUGGCUGCACUAUUUCGAGAUGAGAGCCCCCAUCACUCAUUUGGGCACCAUGGUUACUGGGGACCUGGAUCUAGACCUGCGCGUGCAGCACUUCCACGGCUGGGGUCCGCACGGCGACGGCGGUCACUACCACUACGACACCACGCCCGACACUGUCGAGUAUGAGGGCUACUUCACCGUCGCUUCCAGCGUUGUGCGCAUUGACGCGCCUACCGUCACUCAUAACAUGGGCCGUGACUAAUAGUAGAUUGUUAACCAAGGGAUGAAAGGCACUCAUUUUUGCCGAGGUAUUUUGGUGCUCGAACGCAGUGAGAGCGCCAAUAGUCCGAGGCUGAAAUGAUGCCUUUCACCCGAGUUAAACACUCUACUUUUCAUUUCGAAUACGAGGAAAGUAAAGUGCAUGUGUUUUUUUAAACAUGAAUAAGUAUACAUUUUUAUAGUAUUUCUUGAAGGUACUUUCAAUUAACAAUUAAGGCAAAAGUAUCGUUAUUUAUGGAAUGAAAAGUUAAAUAUCGGAAUGGAAAUUGUAUAACAAAUCCAUUUAAACUCUAAUUUCAAUUAUUUAUCGUACAAAAUAUUAAAAAAAUCGUACUUCGAACGUAAAAUGCUCUAGUGCAGACACGUAUCAUUUUCUGCACACCUUUUAGAACAACAAUGACCCUCUUUCAGAGCAUGAGAAAUGAAAAAUAAUAUCACACACUGGGCGUCCUCUAUUUA